AUGAGAUUAUCCAGUUUAUUAUUGCCAUUGCUUUCCCUAGUGUCUCUGGCUGUUGCUGCUUCCGAGGACUUUGUUCCUACUCCAGAGAAACCAUUUGAGAUCCGUAUCAGUUACCUUGUUAAGGAGAAACAGUCAUCCCCACAGGAUCUGGUCAGUCUCGAGAAUGGUGAAGUUGCGGCUGUUGAGUUCACCUUGAAGAAUGAUGAAGAUGAUGAGGUCACCAUUGCAGGUGUUGCUGGUUCUUUCAACAACCCAGUUACCGGGGACGUUGUUGCCAAUGUUACUGGAAGCAAGAUUGGUCCUAUCACCGUUCCAUCUGGUGAGACGGUCACCUUCAUCCAGAACAUUGGUCUUGAUUUGAACCCAGAAAACUACCUCUUUGUUCCUGCAAUCUACGUUUUCCACCAGGAGAAGUUCAUGCAGUUGGGAGCCAGAAACCAGUUGGUCACGGUUUCAGACCCAAAAAUCUCUGUUUUCAACCCUCAAUUGAUCUUCCUUGAAAUUGUUUUAGUUGCAUCGCUGGCCGGUAUUGCCUAUGUUAUCUACUCCAUCUUUGGAAAGCAAUACUUUGAGUCUGUGACUCCAAAGAAGUCUGCCUCCGCCCAACCAAGUGCAGCUGUUGCCAGUGGGUCCAAGAAGCUGGACGAAUCGUGGAUUCCUCAGCACCACCUGAGAUCUGCUUCCAAGAAGGUAAAGAAGACUGCCUAG